GUUUCCAAACUUGGUUUCUGAUAAAAGUCAUUAUGGAUAUCUUCCUUCUGCUUACAACAAUUUCAAGUUCCAGAGAAACACCAACAUCUGCACCAGAAGGUCCAUGAUUAACAAUCUGUUCAAACAAAUAAGAAAGGAAAAAGCUAACUGGUUCCAGAGCUAAAUGAGUGAUAUCAAAGAUGCCAGCAAUAUUGAGUUUGUGACUGCAGUUGGAGCAGCUGCACAUGCUGUUACUUUACAGGAGGAAGAAGAAGAUUUAUUGAACCAAAACAAGACAAUUGAUCAAUUGAUGCACCCGACAGCCAAAGUUAAAAGCGAAAGAGAACAUAGCAUGAACAAGCCAACUGAUUCCAGCAGAUUAUCCAGAUGGUUUGAGGCAAAAGCUGGAAGACAAUCAGGUAGUAGUAGAUUUGAACGUGGACAAAGGCAGACAGGCCGACAAAACCCAUCCACAACCAAACCUACAGCAUCGUUUUCCAAAAAGGAAAACGGAGGCAAGAGAACAACUGACUCCACUAGGAUGGAAACAAAAGUGGAUGCAUGGGAAAGAGCAAAGAUGGAUAAAAUAAGAAAAAGAUAUGACAAGAUGAAGUCCAUUAUUCUGGAAUGGCAGAAUGAGAAGAAGCUAAAAGCCAAACGCCGAAUGGAACAAAAAGAGAGGGAUCUGGAACUCAGACACGAAAGAGCAUUACGAGAGCAUCGAAUUGAGGUAUCAAGGAUUGACAAAAUGGCUGAUGGAGCAAGAGCCCUUGCAGAAGAAAGGAAAAGAAAUGGUGAAUCAACAACAAUGGAGAAGGCAAAAAAAGAUGCGAUCCACAGGGAAAGUUCCUCAUACAUGCUUCUGCUUCUGAAAUAUCAGCAAUUGAGUAGAAACUGCACAUGCCUAGGGCACUUCAUCUGUACAAUCGAAAGGCAAUUAGCUUGUGAAUCUUCCUUCACUCUUUAUAUGAAAUUUGACUUGAGCAGAUUGAACAGCUCAUCUAUCUUGGUGUAAAUAUGUACACUAUCU